CAGAGCAAGUUCGAAAUGAACGGCAAAGCCUUGUGCAUCCUCACCAAGGACGACUUCAGACACCGAGCUCCCAGCUCAGGGGAUGUGCUUUAUGAAAUACUCCAGUUCAUUAAGACUCAGAGAAGAGCUCUGGUGUGCAGCCCCUUGCUGAACUCACCCUUCAGGAAAGCCAGGAGCACAGAGGAAGACUGCAGGCUGCUCUGGGAGUACGUGUACCAGCUCCUGUCCGACCGCCGCUACGAGCCCUACAUCAGGUGGGAGGACAGGGAGGCCAAGGUGUUCCGUGUGGUCAACCCCAAUGGGCUCGCCCAGCUCUGGGGCAACCACAAGAACCGGAUGAACAUGACCUAUGAGAAGAUGUCACGAGCGCUCAGACACUACUACAAACUCAACAUCAUCAAAAAGGAGCCAGGGCAGAAGCUGUUGUUCAGGUUUUUGAAGACUCCUGGAGAGGUUGUCCAUGAGAAAUCCAGCAGACUGGAGCAGCUGGAGAAUGAGGACCAUGAGGAUUUGAAGGAAGACCAGGAGGUUUCCCCAUAG